AUGGCGUCCAUCACAGAUACUAUGAAAGCAGACCACCAAGAGCUGCGAGACGACUAUGCCAAAACCAUCGACGCACUUGACGAGGACAGCAUGACCCGUCACGGCAAUAAGUUUACUUGGGAUCUUGCUAGAUAUACCGUUGCAGAAGAGCUCGUCAUCUACCCUGCUAUCGAAUCCCACAUGGACCACGGCAGCAUCAUUAUCAACCGUGAUCGUGCCGAAAGCCAGAAGCUCAAGCAACUUCUCGCUAGCUUCCAGCCACUCUCCGCUUCGGAUGCCGAGUACAGGCCUACUUUGGAUGACCUCAUGAGUAAGAUUGACAUGCACAUCAACGAGGAGGAAGACCAAUACCUUCCUUCAUUAGAGGCAGUGCUGGAUCCAGGGGAGUCGGAAAAGCUGGCCCGGGACUUUGAACGGACAAAGGUGUUAAUGCCGACUAGAAGUCAUCCUAGCGCUGCGGUCGAACAGCCUAUGUUUGAGACUGCUUUAGCCCUGGUUCAGGCGCCUAUUGACAAGGUUGCAGACCUCAUGAGGAGAUUUCCGCAGGAGUAG